AAGUAUCGGAUUGUGAUGUAGUCACUGUGUUGUACUUUACUAUGCUUUUUGAGUACGUGAACGCGUCAUACAUCCACCCGGUGCCGCUGUGUUAUUGAGAGGUCAUACAUUUCCCACAAACCGCAAAGAAUAAGCACGAGUCAAGAUGUCAGGAGAGCUGUCAACAAAUAUUAACAUCAAGGAGCCUCGAUGGGAUCAGGGCACAUUCAUGGGACGUGCCAAGCACUUCUUCAUGGUCACAGAUCCGAGGAACGUCCUGUUGUCCUCUGAGACCCUGGAGGAGGCCAGAGUGAUUGUGCAUAACUAUAGAGCCGGUGUGGUGAAGCCUGGUCUGACUGAAGAUGAGCUGUGGAGAGCCAAGUACAUCUACGACUCCGCCUUCCACCCAGACACUGGCGAGAAGAUGUUGGUGAUUGGACGGAUGUCUGCUCAGGUGCCAAUGAACAUGUUCAUAACGGGCAGCAUGCUUACCUUCUACAGGACGACUCCGGCCGUGGUCUUCUGGCAGUGGGUUAACCAGUCCUUCAACGCCAUUGUCAAUUACACCAACCGCAGUGGAGAUGCCCCCAUCACUGUAAACCAGCUUGGUGCUGCCUAUGUUAGUGCAACUACAGGAGCUGUGGUCACUGCCCUGGGACUCAAGUCUCUCACCACGCGUCUCCCUCCAAUCGUCAGUCGUUUUGUCCCCUUUGCUGCUGUCGCUGCUGCUAACUGCAUCAAUAUUCCCUUCAUGAGACAGAGGGAGUUGAAGUAUGGAAUCCCAGUGACUGAUGAGAAUGGAAACAGAUUAGGGGAAUCAGCUAAUGCUGCUAAGCAGGCCAUCGUGCAGGUGGUGGUGUCCAGGAUCGGCAUGGCCGUACCAGCAAUGGCCAUUCCUCCUGUCAUAAUGAAUGCCCUGGAGAAGAGGGCUUUCAUGAAGCGCUUUCCAAUACUUAACGCGCCGAUCCAGGUGGGACUCGUCGGUCUGUGCCUGGUGUUUGCAACUCCUUUGUGCUGCGCCCUGUUCCCACAGAAGAGUUCUAUGAGUGUGAGCGGACUGGAAGCAGAUCUGCAGGAGAGGUUACGACAGACCAGUCCUCAAAUCACCACCGUUUACUUCAACAAGGGCCUGUAACUGCAGCUGACACACACUCCUACACACACAUGCACACACACAGGGCAGGCAGACACUCACAGAAACGCACACGUCCCCUGUCUUGUGGGCACAAUUUAGAUGGCAGAAACACUUAUUUAUGCAAUUUCUUUGUGUUUGUGUUCUGCUAAAUGUUUUAUGUUGAUGUUUUUGUUUGUUUGUUUGACUACAUGGAGCUGCUCAAAGUGUGAGGGUUACUGAUGACAAGUAUUUAGUAAAAAAAAGGGGAAAUGAGACACUGAAAUGAAACACUCUAUAGACAUGAGCUACUUACCUUGUUGUAGUGUUUUUUGUUGUUUUGUUUUUUUUUUUGUUAUUUUCUGGUCAAAACUCCUAGACGUCAUGUAGUGGAAUUUGUAACUCCUAAUAAUAUUGGCUAAUAACUAAUUAUCUAUUCUGGUUUAAAUUCAAAUAUUUUAUGCAUCAAAAUCCAUCUUAAAAUUUAACAAUAGUUUCAAGUGUUCAUUUUAAGAUGACACAGUGAAAACACAUUAGAGACACAUUUAUGUCUCUAAUGUUAACAAUGCAUCUGAACUAGAAUUAAUGGAAUGUUAAUUAGGGCUCAAUAAUCCAGACUCUGGUGAUUCAUUUCUUUUUGUGUGGUUUUUCUGCUUUGCUGUCGUCCUCAUGUGUCCAAUCUUUUUUUUUUUUUAAGUGUUCUUAUGCAACUCUGUCUCUUCAGUCCUUGAGAAAGAAGAGCUGGGUUUAUGUGACAAAAGUGAUGGUGAGUCUAGUAAACACAGUCAGAUGGUAUAUUAGUGUAGAAGGAGGAUAUUGUAUUGCAAUCACUUUAUAAACUCCAGACCUCACUCACUUGAUCUCAGUGGAGUAUUGAUGAGCUUCUUAUUGUGGUAGUUGGUGCUGUAAAGACUUGGAUCGGGAUCAUAGUUCAAACGUGUUUUAUUAGGGUUGGUGCUUCAGCAGGUUCUUAUAUGUACAAUAUGCAGGACGUCAAUGUUCGUGACAAUUUAGUCAAAGUGUCUUCUCCUCCUGAAGUUUAAAAUAGCCAUGCAUUCAUAUACAGAUAUAUAGCAUAAUUAUUUAAAAUACAUAAACUCCCAUUGAUGCCAGACAAGAUCUCCCUCUUGUAAAAGGAAAUCAUAUAAACUAAUGUUCCACAACCAGAAACAAAAUACUAUUUUGCAAAAAAUAAGUUGUCGAAUAAUUACAGGUAGGGGUUAGCAUUGCUAUAGGUAACAAACUAGAAUCACUUUAGCUUUCUAUUAUUUAACACCGUGGACAUUAUACUAGUAGUUUUCAUAGAAAUCCUGCAUGUCAGCUAAUAACAAUAAUAAUAAUAAUCAAAGUUUAUUUGUCAAGAGGUGUUGUCGAGAAGCAGGGUAUUUAAUGUGAUGCUACAUCUAGCUCUUUGCUAACCUGGAAGGUGGUGAUGGUGAUGCUAGCCAGCCAUUGAUGUUUUGUUGUACCAAAUAAUAAAGGCAGUGUUUUUGGACAGGUAGAAAAAAAAAUGCUUAUACUUUGCACCAGCUCUAUCGAUGCUUCCAUUAUGUGGACAGAUUCGGAAUUGCGGCUCAAACAGGCCCAGUUUUAUAAACAUGCUUCAAAUAUGUAUGCAAAAGUGUUAGGUGGGUGUGUACAUUUAAUACCUGUUUUAUGAAGCUUUUUUUUCAGUCAUUUUAAGAAAAUUUAAAAGAACCAGAAGUUGAAUUUACAAAACGUCUAAAUUAAUAAAUAUAAUGUUGUUGAAUACAAUCGUCUGGUUCUCUACAUUAGCCUAAAAUACUAUAAGUUAAUGUGUACACACCUGCCUGAAACACACAGCGGUGUAGCUGACCAUUGUAGAUUCAUAGUCAUAUACUCUACAAGUAUGUGCUUUGUCGUUCACAGUUAAUCUAUAUUUUUUCCUGAAAAUUUAAAAUAUAUGUGUUUAAAUAAUAAAUAUAAUUACACUUUAAUAUACCAAACGUGCGUGAGAAAUGCCGGGGAUCUUAGCUUGAAUGCACAACAACCAGAGGGCGCCAAAUACGCAUAAAAUAAUCACGAUUCUUUGUCGUUAGAGAUUGUUCAGUCCGUUGUUCUACUUGAAGUCACUGAAGUCUGAGUUUGUACAAUCAUUCAGCCGAUGUUACGUGAUUGUAGCAGCUGUACAUGGACCGAUGUUUCUAUGGAAAAUCUUUGUAGACACAAAUGAAUGCACAAAAACGUCCUUUUGCUUAUUCCAAAAUUGUUACUUUAAAGUUAUUUACUUUGUCCUUUCCACCAGAAGUUACUCUUUUCAAGUGUUUAUUGAUAAACUCUUUGUAUAAGAAGAACUUAAUAUCUGACCACAUUUACACUCAACCUCUGCGUUGCCGGGUCAAACUGACGAUGCGUCACUGAAGCGUGAUCACAUGCACUGCUGCAGGACAGUGGUUCACACCAACUAACUCCACUCCUCACACACAUUUAUUUGUACAUACAGAAAGUUAUCGUGUGCUGUUUGUUUCCUGCUAAGGGUGUAAAUGCACAAUAUAACCUUGUCUGUGCUUCUGUAGGUGGAUUGUUGUUGCUUUAAAAGAGGGUGUAUUGAGGAUUGGUUUACUGUUUGUGUAUUGUGCUGAAUAAUGAGUGAGUCUAGUUACUGCUAAUCUAAACAAAUUUACUAUUAACCAGCAUUUGUUUUUAUUAACCAAUGACUCAGUAUUUGACUGUGUUUCUGCCGUUUUGAAAUGUCAAUAAAUGUCAAGAACAAAACUGAUGGUUAUAGUGUGGGAUAAAAAAAUAAAUUGUACAUGGGUUUAAA